AUGCCGACCCGGAACGAAAACAUAGGCCUUGACGAAGGCGCCGGCAACGUCGAAGAGGCAUCGGGCUUUGGCUCUUAUUCGGAAGAAGAAUACGACAAGAUUACAGCAUACUCAGACGAUGUGGACUAUUACAGCUUGCUUGCUCUUCCGCACCACCCACCACCAACGGAAGCCCAGAUACGCUCCGCAUACCGAACGCUGACACUCAGCUUCCACCCAGAUAAACAACCUCCGCACUUGCGUGAUGUAGCAACGAAACAUUUUGACAGAAUUCGGGAGGCGUAUGACACGCUUAUGGACCCGAAGAAGCGUGUCGUUUACGAUAUGCUGGGAGAACAGGGCGUGAAAGAUCAAUGGGGAGUUGGCGGGAUACUCGGGAGGAGCGGAGAGGCUGAAAGAUAUCAGAUUGGCGUCAAGACCAUGGACAUAGAGCAGUUUCGGCGGUGGUUCCUGAGAAGGAUGAAGCUUCAAGAAUUGAAAGCGAUUGAGCAAUUAGUACAUUCAAAGGGGUCCAUCUCUAUUAAUAUCGAUACGCAUGGUCUAGCUAUGAGAAUGAUUGAGCCCUCAGCUGCCCCAGAUGCACCGCUCUCUCGUAUAUCUUCUCUUGCACUAGGGUUCAAUUUCAAAACCCCGUUCGCCCCCCUGCUGUGGCUCCGGCAGCUAAGUAGCGGUCGCGAAGGCAACAAGCCUGAAGACGACGAGGGCGUCCCGUUACCAAACGAACAAGAUGCAGAACUCGAGAUCCAUACUGGUGUUAGAGGAAAGCUUCAGACCUUGACCUACGCGGUGCGUGUCAUUGAUCAAGCCACCCAGCAACAAGAGACUAAGGAGGUUACAGUGCCGCAUGUCCUCAUGGCUAAAAACAUCUCGCUCGGCGCCACCCUACGCCAUCGAAUACACAUACCAGCUCAGAAGAGCCCUGCAAUGUCGGUGCUACUAUUUCCACUUCUUGGGGAUUCUUUGGUCGAAGUUGGCAGCUCUUUGUUGCCAGCGCCAACAUUACAUACAACUUUCACGAGAAGAAUACAACCUGUCAAGGGCACGAGGCCUUUGAAUGUUACUGUUCAAGGUUUAUUGUCAGAUUUGAGCUUUAAAUGUGGCCCCACGAUAAACGCAUCCAUUUCACGACACAUCGGCACCCGCGGCCUGACCUAUUGCAACUGGUCUAGCGGAAAAUGGUCUUGGCCCUCAUUCAUUCAGCAUCUUCUGUUUCCUCUGACUUCCGCUGAAAGCGAACAAGCGCUUACUUUAGACAAUCCCAGUAAAUUUGAGAUUGGAUAUGUUGCUUUACCGGUCAAACGUGCACAAAACAGACCUGGGACCAACGACGACGAUGAAGAACUCGAAGAUGAUUUUUCUGGAAAAGGGGCCAAUGGAUCUACCGGCGAACCACUUGAAACAUGGGGCUUUCAACUACACUCCUCCCCUCUGUCCAUGCAGCUGUCCAUGAAUUACGCACGAAGCUUUUUCGGUGGGAAAGCUGAAGAGCUUCCCCGGUCCGAAUGGAAUUAUGAGGGAUAUCGGCCACAAAAAGAGACGAGGAUUAGUCGAGCCGUGCGCCUAGAGAUUGAAACGGUUGUUGGUGUAGAUUUAUCUCUUGGUUGGAUGGUUUCUGGGUCUCGACAGGUGGGUAAUUUCACUCGCAUGGGGCUAGGUGUCGGCGUGCAAGGCGGUGAGGGCCUAGUCUGCUCGUUGUCGUGGCACAGGCUGGGUCAGUCGAUCAAGAUCCCCAUUGCAGUAUGCCCCCUACAACAUCUAGACGGCGAUGUCGGUGUCCUUGCUGUCAUCAUACCGUGGGUAACCUAUUCGAUCGUUGAAUUUGGCUUCUUGCGACCAAGAGAGCGGCGAAAGCAGAAGCAAGCUCUUGCAAAAGAGCGUAAACGUUUGAGGGGUUUGGUGGCAAAGAGGAAAGCUGAAAGUGACCAAGCUAUUGAGCUCAUGCGCGAGCAAGUUGAGAGAAGACAGGCGAGGGAGUCUGAUAGGAACGGCCUUGUUAUCCUUCGGGCGCUGUACGGCUAUGUUCCUUCCCGUGCUGAACACAGGAAUUAUACCAUUGUUUCCGAGCCCGAGCGGCUAGUCGACGUGACAAUUCCUGUUGCAGCUCUUGUAGAUCAAGGGCAGUUGACUAUCCCCCGGCAAGUCACGAAGGUAGACAUUCUUUCUUUCACCUAG